AAUUCAGUUAAAAUUUCGAUCGACAAACUUACAAAAUAUAUUGUGCCACUUAAUGCACGCGAAUAAAAUUGAUAGCGCUUAUCAAUAGUUGCUGCCGUUACCCCUUUAAUUGCUCAAUAGACAAUCGGUAUUUGUAGUUGGAGCCAGAAAAUUUGUCUGCGUGGCUAUAAAGUGCGUUGUUUGUUUGUGUGUGUGUGUGUGGGCGUUGCAGAAGCUGAAGGCGUCGCGUGUCCAAUUGGAUUAGACAACAUUAACCAGUGGCAAUAUGAACAGUUACGUCUGCUUAGCGCUCCUGCUGCUUGCAGCAGCAACAGUUGCCAAGGCCAACGAGGAUAACGAGUCCUGCUACUCAUUUGCCGGUGGCUCAGUUUAUCCCGCCGGCGAGAACAAGGGCGAUCACCAAUUGCAGUACACAAAGGCAGUCAUUUCCAAACCCGCGCCACCAUUCGAAGCCACCGCUGUGGUCAACAAGGAGAUUGUCCAGCUCUCCCUCUCGCAAUAUCUGGGUAAAUACGUUGUGCUGCUCUUCUAUCCACUGGACUUCACAUUUGUUUGUCCCACGGAGAUUAUUGCCUUCUCCGAUCGCAUUGCUGAGUUCCGGAAGAUCAAGACUGAGGUGAUUGCUGCCAGCGUUGACUCGCACUUUACGCACUUGGCUUGGAUCAAUACGCCUCGAAAGGAGGGCGGCUUGGGCAGUGUAAAGAUACCCUUGCUCUCCGAUUUGACGCACAAAAUUAGCAAGGACUAUGGUGUCUAUCUGGAGGAAAGUGGUCAUGCGCUCCGCGGACUCUUUAUUAUUGAUCAGCGUGGCGUGCUGCGGCAGAUAACGAUGAAUGACUUGCCCGUGGGUCGCUCCGUGGAUGAGACAAUACGUUUGGUGCAGGCCUUCCAGUACACUGAUACACACGGCGAGGUGUGCCCUGCUGGCUGGAAACCAGGCGCCGAUACAAUUGUGCCCAAUCCGGAGGAGAAAACAAAGUACUUUGCCAAGAACAAUUGAACAAUUACUUUUUUAAAUAACAUUCCCAGCCCACCCAGUUUGGCUAGCAUUACAUUACCAAUCCAAAUCAUAGCGACUGAACUAAACGGGUAAAAUUUAUGUAGUAUUCGCAUUAUUAAAAAUUUCAUGACCGCUUGUAUAUAUGCAAAUUAAAAAGAAGUAGGUUCCAA